UAAAAUAGCACGCCUCCCACACCUCAUGGGACAGCACAAAUACAAAGGAAUUACUUUGGCAAACACUCCACGGGUAUUAGCGGAUGGAAUAACCGUUCUAAUACUCAUCGCAUCGCUUGUUUUCUACGUUUUAUGCUUGGGAUACAGCAAACUGUACUACCGAUGGCUGGCACCUAUUCUGAUAUUGUUUGCGCUAAGCAUAUGUGAGUACUACAACAGAAAGUCUAUCUACUAUCCGAUAAGUGGCAAUAUCAGCAGAACGGUGAGUGAAUCGGAUAUUUUUAUACUGUUUGGUUCGCUGGUAUCGAUCUUGGCCGUGCCCGUGGCAGUGCACUUCCUGUACAACCACCAGGAUUACAAUUUAGGCAAUGCAGCACUAUUUUUACUCUCGUAUGGGAUGUUAGCAUUGUCCUUUAUCAACGGAUACUACCUGUCGUACUACUACAGCACGUACAAGCAGAAUAUGAAUAAGUUCAACUACAUCAUUUCGCUGCGUUACAUACUCCUGGUGCUUUUGUUCGUACCUGUGAUUGUGGAAGGUUUCUGCGGAGCAAAGUAUUUCUGCGCAUUCCCGCUCGCAAUGAUUUAUGUUGUGGGCAUAUUUACGAACUCGUUCUCAAGGAAUUAUAAGAAACCGCUUAGUAUUAUUUUUUUUGUGUUUGGAUUGGUUGCAUUCGCUUAUCUGGGAAAAAACAUACACAGCCUGGUCUCUGGUCAGCUGGUCAAUUCGACUGCUUGAUCCUUAAAUAAAUUUUUAUGACUAAACA